AUGACCACCGAAUGCGGCAAAAGCAAGCAAAACGACGACCCGAUCGCCCUGGAUGACUUCUACCUCAAAGACCCCGAAACUAAGAUGACCACGGGCUGCACAAGAUACUUCAUGACCAACGCCUGCGGGCACGUUGGGGUCACCAUGUUGGGCAACUGCAGUAAGCACCUGCACGACAACGACGUGCGUGUCCUGCACGAGUGCUGCCUUGGCAACGAAAAACCCGGAACCGAGGUGAUCAAGAUCAAGAUCGGGGACCGGUACUGUGAUAGGGGCUGCGAGGCCAGGAACACGGGGUGGAGAUGCUGCACCUGCAGGAAGCAUGUGGAAGGAUAUGUGGAUCAACACAGCUCACUGCUGGUUCACCCGGACGGGUCUCAGGACCUACAUGCCUUCUGCCCGAACUGCCUGAUCGAGAGCGAGUACGAGAGCAAGACCGGCUCGUCCAACGCGGACAACAUCGUCAACUCGGUUAUGGAUUCAAUCGACAUCAUGAUGGACAACGUAUCCCGAUACGACAGCGUCAUCCCGUCUGACAUCGAUAAACUGGACAACGCCAAAAUGCUGUCCAAGUGGUAG